AUGGACUACAAGGCCGUAGCGAAAGCCAUCUCACUGCGGCUGCAGUCCAUGCUGGCAGACGUGAUCCACCCCAACCAGACCUACACUGUCCUGGGCCGUAGCAUCUUUGAUAAUUUGUACUUGGCCCAGGAUCUACUAGAGCUCUGGUGUAGGGACGGUCUGUUGUUCACCCUCCUGUCCUUGGACCAGGAGAAGGCGUUGGACAGGGUGGACCAUGGGUAUUUCCUGGGCACUCUGCAGGCCUUCAGCUUUGGGCCCCGUUUUGUGGGUUUUCUCCGGGUGCUGUACGCCCUCGUGGAGUGUUUGGUCAGGCUCAACUGGACCCUCACCGAGUCGGUCAGCUUCGGGCGGGGGUUAAUUUUUGUGUCAGGUUCUGCUUUGGGGACAUCUUUUUUCUCUCUGGCAUUGGGCUGGCCAGAAGGAAGGAAAGCAGGGGAGAGCUCUUUCUCAGUAAUAACCUCAUCUGAGCCCUUUCCUCUUUUGUGCCCCUUGCAGGUGGAUGAUGCGAUGCUGAUGUUUGACAAGACGACCAACCGACACCGAGGGUUUGGAUUCAUCACAUUUGAGAGUGAAGAUAUUGUGGAGAAGGUGUGUGAAAUCCACUUCCAUGAGAUCAAUAACAAAAUGGUGGAAUGUAAAAAAGCUCAGCCAAAGGAAGUGAUGUCCCCCACUGGCUCUGCGAGAGGGCGGUCCCGAGUGAUGCCUUAUGGGAUGGAUGCCUUCAUGCUUGGGAUUGGCAUGCUGGGUUAUCCAGGUUUUCAACCUGCCACUUACGCCACUCGGAGUUACACGGGCCUUGCGCCUGGCUACACUUAUCAGUUUCCUGCAAUUCCUCUUACUGCGUAUGGACCAAUGGGGGCCACAGCUGCAGCAGCAGUAGUGCGAGGGACAGGUUCUACUGUGAGCCGCACUGGUGGGUUUCUGGGCACUACCAGUCCUGGGCCAAUGGCAGAGCUUUAUGGAGCAGCCAAUCAGGAUUCAGGGCUUAGCAGUUACAUCAGUGCUGCAAGUCCAGCUCCAAGUACUGGCUUUGGCCACAGCUUAGGGGGUCCCUUGAUUGCAACAGCUUUUACCAAUGGGUACCACUGAAGCUAGCGACCAAGGAGGCGGGAGAUUCCCCAGUGACCUAACCAAGGACAGCGGGCUGGAGGAUCUGGUGAGCCUUGGGAGAUGAGCCAAGGUUUCCUUUUUACUGAAUAAAACUGCACACUGCCGGCUGGCUGCCAGGCUCCUGCUGACCUGAUCUCUCCCAUUGAACAGACCACACUGGACUGAACCCACAGAGAUCAUCUCACUUUCUUCCUAACCACUGAUGGUUUAUGUUUCUCCCUCCCCCAGCCCACCGAUUCUUCUUUAUUUAUUUUAUUAGCAAGAAGGGUUUUUUUAAAUAUUUACUAGGGGGCUGUGCCCCCUGCUCGCUAUGCUAGCC